UAUGCGUGCGCGCUCACGAGUCCUCGCGGAAGCUGCUGCCAGUGGGGAAGAUGGCGAAUGUUUUGAGACUGGUGAUUUACUACUGUAGCUGAUAAAGGGAACUACCAUAGAGCGGGUUACACAAGUAAACAGAAGGAGAGAGAGAGAGUACAACAGUGGUAAGUACGGCAGUAUGUCCCGCUCCUCAGACAGUGAGGAUGGCUGCUUUGUUGCCAUGGAUACAGAAGAGGGUGGGGUGGGGUCAGGGGACACCAGUGUUGGCAUGAAGGUGGGGGUAAGCGCUGAGGAGCAGAACGGGCAGAGCAUGAGCCAGGACGAGCCAAGGAGUCACAGGGCCAUGGUGGAGCUUCCAGAAGAAGUGCUGGAGUACAUCCUCUCCUUUCUUUCACCAUAUCAGGAGCACAAGACUGCUGCUCUGGUCUGUAAACAGUGGUAUCGUCUCAUCAAAGGUGUAGCAUAUCAGUGUUACCAUGGUUUCCUGAGAGCUGUCCAGGAGGGGAACAUUCAGUGGGAGAGUCGCACCUACCCGUAUCCUGGGACGCCAAUCACCCAGCGGUUCUCGCACAGUGCGUGCUAUUAUGAUUCCAACCAGUCCAUGUAUGUGUUUGGUGGCUGCACUCAGAGCAGCUGCAAUGCUGCCUUCAAUGACCUGUGGAGGCUCGACCUCAACAGCAAGGAGUGGAUCCGCCCUUUGGCUUCAGGCUCCUACCCCUCACCCAAAGCAGGAGCCACACUGGUGAUGUACAAGGACCUCCUUGUGCUUUUUGGGGGCUGGACACGACCCAGCCCAUACCCCUUGCACCAACCCGAAAGGUUUUUCGAUGAGAUCCACACUUAUUCGCCCUCCAAGAACUGGUGGAACUGUAUAGUGACGACCCAUGGACCUCCGCCAAUGGCAGGUCAUUCUGCGUCAGUCAUUGACAGUACCAUGGUGGUGUUUGGAGGAUCUCUUGGAGCACGACAAAUGAGUAAUGAAGUGUGGGUUCUGGAUCUGGAGCAGUGGUCCUGGUCCAAGCCCAACAUCACUGGCCCCAGUCCUCACCCCCGCGGCGGCCAGUCACAGAUUGUUAUAGACAACGAGACAUUGCUUAUCCUGGGAGGAUGUGGUGGUCCUAAUGCUCUGCUGAAGGAUGCCUGGUUGCUGCACAUGGGCACCCCGGCGUGGUCCUGGCAGCAGCUGCGUGUGGAGAACGAGGAGCACGGCGCCCCUGAGCUCUGGUGUCAUCCAGCCUGCAGGGUGGGUCAGUGUGUGGUGGUCUUCUCUCAGGCGCCGUCCGGUCGCGCCCCCCUGAGCCCCAGCCUCAACUCUCGGCCUUCUCCCAUCAGUGGUGCCCCCGGCGCCCGCUGGGGUCUGCCCCCGUCCCUCGCUCCCCAGUCCCCCGUCUUGCCCGAGGCGGAGGUGGUGCUGGGCGCCGUGGAGGAGGCCCCCUGCGUCAACGGCCGCUGGGGGACGCUGCGUCCGCGGCCGUCCCCGCGCUCCGGCGCUCGCGAGGGCAGCCCCUCGGCCUCUUCUCCGCAGCAGCAGCCCUCCCCUUCCCAGGGCCCCGACAGCCCGCCGCUCCCACCGCUGCUCAACGGUUCCUCCCCCUCGCCACGCACCAGUCCCGCCCAGGCCGCCUCCCCUCCCUCCCGGCCUCACGCCCCCUUGGACUACAGCUGGGACUCGCCCCCUCCCUCCUCUUCCUCCUCCUCUUUGGCCUCCGCCCCCGAGCCUCUCAGCACCAAUGGCCUGCACACGCCACCUCCCUCUGUCUCUCCUCGCACGCCCCCCGGGGCCGUCUCCCCCGCCGCCCUGCGCCGGGGCCUGGAGGCCGUCAAAGCCCUGUCGUCUUCCCCCUCACCCUCUCCGUCCUCCUCCUCCUCCUCCUCCUCGGCGGCAGCUACAGCAGGGGGUGGGGCCUUAGCCAGCCCGCCCCCUUCCUCCUCCAGUCCUCCGCAGGCUCCACCACCCACUGACGGACACUCCAUCCCACCAAUCGCCCGGCGGCAGCUGGGCCACCACCCGCCCCAGAGCCUGAACGUGGGCAAGCCUCUGUACCAGUCGCUCAACUGCAAGCCCAUGCAGAUGUACGUGCUGGACGUGUCUCGUGCCAAGAGUGUGGGAGCGGUGGCCUGGCGCGUCUACGGCAGCGGCGGGGCGCCGGCCGCGGUCACCGGGCCGCCCGAGACCAGUCUGCACACGGUGGUGCAGGGCCGCGGGGAGCUCAUCAUCUUCGGCGGCCUCAUGGACAAGAAACAGAACGUCAAAUACUAUCCCAAAACCAACGCCUUGUACUUUGUGCGCGCCAAAAGGUAAUGUAGCAGGGCAGGAAACAGACGGACGAGCAGACUGACACUAACUUGUACCUGUGGGUUUGGGAGAGUGUAAAAAAAAAAGAACAAUGGAUUCCACAAUUUAAUGAAAGAUGAGGGGGGAUGUUCCCUCCAUUCAGCCCGGCAAGGGAAUUUAAACUCGCCUUUACCUGGAGAGGGAGGAUCUUGGGGAAAUAAAAAGAAGAAAUGUCACUAAACCCUGUUCAUCUCCUUUCCUACACUGUUAACCUCUAACAGACAUCUCCGUUUGCUCAACUUGUUUGCUCAGCAGUAUCAAGAAUUCAGUACAUUUAAAGGACACUCACAAAUGAAAGACCCAGAUCCUGAAGUGAUGGUUCAAAUCACUUUCCUGGCUCCCUCGUGUGUGUGUGUGUGUGUUUGUGUGCAUGCUUGUGUGGCUGUGUAAGCGAAGGGUGAGAGCUUUGUGUGAAAGUGUUUCUAAUGUAUAACACCGUGUGAGUGUGUUUGUGUGUAUCCUCUUUCUGUGUGCAAACGAUUUGAUGGAGAGGGGAAAGAAGAUCAAAUGAAAGGACAGCAGCGGACUACUACCUUGCUUUUUUAUCACUUUCAACCUGCAUUGUUUACAUUGAACACUCCGUUUGAAUGUGUGUUUAUGUGUGUUGUUUGUUUGUGUGAAUGGAUGAGUUUUUGCGCGCGUGUGUGUGU